AUGAAGUUCUCGCACAGCAUCCAGUUCAACGCUGUUCCAGACUGGAGCGCGUAUUACAUCGCCUACAGCAACUUGAAGAAAUUGAUCUACUCGCUAGAGCAACAAUCCCACCGAUUGAAUGAACAAAGCACCGAUGUCGAGUCUGCUCCUUUGCUUGACAACACCUCGAGCGCCGAUAGAAUAUUCCGGCAGGCCUUGGAUGCUGAAUUGGACAAGAUAUGCUCAUUCUACCGCGCCAAGGAAACGGAAAUUCUCGAGGAGGUUGAGGAUGUUCUGAGAGAUGCUGAGGAGUACACGGCCAAAGCCGACGGUGCCGAGCUAAAUCCGAUGAACGAGAGCAUAACCAAAGGCAGGAGAGCGAGCACGGGCUCGACGACGGACCGCCCAGCCGACUACGGUCUUGACCGCGGCAGGCGUCACAGUACCUUUAGCGAGCCGGCUGCUGACGACGAUGAGGAUAGUGAUGAUGAGCGCCCACGUCCUUCACUUGCACACUCGCACAGUGCUCAUAUCGGCCAUGAUGAUGAUGGGGCGGACGAUAUGAGAAGCUCGUUUUGGGCCGACUCCAGGUAUGGUCUCAACAGCCAUUCAUUCGUUCGUCGCGGGACACAAAGCGAACAGUUCACCGACCCGACGUUGCUGGAUCUAUACAAUUCCGCUGCUUCGCUCAAGAAGCGUAUUGUCGCUGUCUAUGUCUCUCUCUGUGGGCUAAAGUCUUAUAUCCAGUUGAACAAGACUGGAUUUUCCAAGGCUCUGAAGAAGUAUGACAAGAUUAUGGAUCGCAAUCUUCGCCGGGAGUACAUGAGUUCUACGGUGUCCUCAGCUUAUCCCUUCAGAGGCGAGGUUUUGGAGAAGGUCGACGGCCGUAUUCUUCAAAUCGAGACCUUGUAUGCAGAUCUGACAACCGCGGGUGAUCUGGCUCUAGCCAGACGUGAACUUCGCUUGCAUCUUAGAGAACAUGUUGUCUGGGAAAGAAACACUGUAUGGCGAGAGAUGAUUGGCAUCGAAAGGAAAGCUCAGGCUGCCAAUGUUGGUAUUCGUCGGACGCUCCUCGGAGGCGAUCAGGAUCCCGCAACUGCCCGUCGACAGGGCGACGAGCAGGUCUCUCCAAGCAAGGAAUUCCGAACACCUUUGGGCGUAAUCCGUGCUCCUUCAUGGCUUUGGAGCUUAAAUUUUGCCACGCUCGUCAUUGUGUUGACGGUAUUUGUGGUGCUCCUUGAAGUUCCCAUCAUGGAGAAACCGGAACAGCAGAAUUGCCUGGCCAUGCUCGUUUUCGUCAGUCUAUUGUGGGCCACUGAGGUAGGUACUCGACGCCGGGACAUGGACAAAGCUGACUGUCAUAGGUGA